AUGAAAACAUCUACACGCUCUCGCUCUGAUGCUUCCAAGAUUCCACGUCCAAUGAACUCUUUCAUGAUCUAUCGACUUGAAAAGCAACGAGAAAUUGUCAAGGAAUGCCCUGGCGCGAAUCACCGAGAUAUUUCCAAAAUCAUUGCCAAAUGGUGGAAAGAGAUGUCUGAAGAAGAAAAACAAUCUUACCGCACAAAAGCUCUUAUGGCUAGGCACGAACACUCUCAACGGUAA